AUGAGAAUGCUUCUGCAUUUGAGUUUGCUGGCUCUUGGAGCUGUCUACGUUUGUGUCAUUGCUGUAGAAAGUCCCAUGAAUAGACUGGUGGCAGAGACCUUGACACUGCUCUCCACUCAUCAAACUCUGCUGAUAGGUGACGGGAACUUGAUGAUUCCUACUCCCGAACAUACAAAUCACGAACUAUGCAUUAAAGAAGUCUUUCAGGGAAUAGACACACUGAAGAAUCAAACUGCACAAGGGGAUGCCGUGGAAAAACUAUUCCAAAACUUGUUUUUAAUAAAAGAAUACAUAAUAGACCUCCAAAGAAAGAAGUGCGGAGGAGAAAGAUGGAGAGUAAAACAAUUCCUAGACUACCUGCAAACUUUUCUUAAGGUGAUAAACACCGAGUGGACAACGGAAAGUUGAGACCAACCUGUCUCACUGUAGCGAAAGAUUCUGGAGGAGAAGAAGGAUGUUUUACUGCAACAAGGAUGAGGGCCAACCAAGGGUGGGGCCUUAAUAUUCAGUGUAAUGAAACUUCAGAGGCAAAGUAAAUAUUUCAGGCAUACUGCUACCUCACACAGGCAGAAAGUAUAAAAACAAAAUAUUUGAGCUGUAUUUCAGAUAUCAGAAUCAUUGAAGUAUUUUCCAUCAGUUUGCUCUAAGCAAAAUAGAUAUAUACUUUUAUCUAUCUUAUUUAACAUAACAUUCUGUAAAAUGUCUGUUAACUUAAUAUUAUUUAUGAAAUAAUUGAGAACUUGGAAAAUUAAUAUUUAUUUCAUCUUAGGCUAUGUUCCAAUAAAACAA